GUGUUUGACGUUUCGUCAUGUAAAAGAGCGGCGUGUGUGUUGUGGUUGUUGCCACAUUCCAAGUGUCGGGAAUAUUAUCGUCAUUAUAAGAGCUCAACUCGUCCGUCAGCAACUCGUCUUGAUUGUAAUAUCCGGUGUUGUGGACGAGUUCAUUGUCCUUGGCUAUAGACUCACUCGAUUUCGAAGCUGCUGUCAUCUUCGUUUUGUGUGGUUUUGGUUCGUAUAGAUAUGAUGGUGAGGCGGGGGGAUAUACACACUCCAAUUGAUUUUCCGUCAAAGUCCCUCCUCAACUUGUUUUUCCUUAUAGCGAAACGUGAGAGAUGUGGAGAAACACCAAUCCGGUGGCUUUGGGGUUUGAGCACACGACCGUGAAGAACCACCACCACAGCAAGUCUUGUAGUCUAGUACACAUAUUAUUUUUCUCAGAGCAUUCGAAAUGGUUUUGCUGCUUACUCGGCUUUGAAAUGAGAAAAAGAGAGCGGGAUUUUUUCUCUCUGUAUACACGCACGCCAGCAGUCGUUAAAAUAACCAGUAGCCUGUGCUGCCCGCAUCCAGACAUAACUCUUGUUUAAAUCGUUAAAAAAUAUCAAUUGAAAAGGCGACCGAUCGUCAGAUGGCGAUGCUUCAGACUCUGGACGUUCUCUCGACCCCAUUAUUAUAAACAAAUAUAGCCUCCCCGAAUGAAGAACAUCAGUGAGCCUCCAUCAUCUUUUAUCGAGACGAUCGGUAGCUCAGCUCAGCAGGCAGCAGCAACACAGCCCCUCGUCGUCUAUUCUCUGUUAAUGUCGUUGUAGUGGAAACAAGCCAGCCAGAAAUAUAUGUGUGUGUCGUUUCCUUAUUUGUCUCGACGCCAGCCGAUCCCCCUUAAUGAUUGGUUGAUCAAGUUACACAAUCGACGAGUGUCAAACUUCGUCUAAAAGUUAUACCAACAGGACAAAAGAAAAUAAAUUAAUUUAGUGAACCGAGAGAUUGGAAAAACAAGGUUGCCAGCUCAUCUCUCCAUCGCUUCUCCAAUACAGUUUUCCGAGUUGGGUGCAUAUUUUGAUAGCUUGAAUAAUAGUUAUUCACACUGACAGAUUGGUUCGUGUUUGGAUUGUCGAAACACGACGCAUGCACACGCACAUAUACCCGUGAAAAUAUAUCCGAUCGACUCACGAACGACUGCGUAUACACACACACACUAGAGCAGACACCCACUCCCACACACACACACACACACCACUGGUGUGUGUGUGUGUGUGUGUGUGCUGGGUACACAACAGAAGUAGCUCGGCCCAGAGUUGUGUUCUGCCACCGUUCGGUCUGGCAGCAUGUGAAAUUUCUGUGUUCGGUUUCUCUCCCUUUCUAAUAAAGUGUGCGGUCAAUUUUCGAGUGAUUGUAACAACAACAUUUUUUAUCCGUCAAGUUUCUGUCGUCGUCGACGUGAAUAGCAACCGACAAGCCUUAUUAAACAAAAGAAAAAGGAGUGCGUCUACAAUCGACGACGAGAAAUCGGGAAUCAUGUCAGCCGAAGGCGGAAGGAGCAACAUUCGCUUUGCAGUCCACGAAUUGACGAGGCAAUUUGGCAGGCCAGAAACAACGAAUUCUCCCGUUAGCGGCCCUGUUCCAGCUCAUCAAAAAUCGCUGCCCAAAAUCCUAUCUCACAUUGCCAAGACGCCGCCAGCAGCAGCAGCAGCGCCGGAAAACACGGACAACAUCAACCAUUCCUUCGGUUCAGUUACAGGCAGCAACGGCCUGGUGAAACCACAUCCGGCAGAUCAUGCGGAUGACAACAAGAAAGUGGCGAAAGAAGAAAUUAUCGACGAGAAAUCUUCGUCGUCCGAAUCGGAAUCGGAUGAAUCUCCCGCAGCACCGAAUCCAGUCACCAGCAUUGCUCAGAUUCGGCCGACACUCCGCCAGCCGCCGGCAGCAGUGCAGCCGUCCAAAAUACAAUCGUCAGAUUACGUCAUAGGUCUAGAUCAACUCCAAGAACAAGUCAGAAGACUAGCCCUCCGUAGAGGAUUCACGCUCAACAUUAUGGUUGUGGGCCGCAGUGGGCUAGGCAAGUCGACUCUCAUCAACACUUUAUUCCGUUCUUCCGUACUUCCUCGUACGUGCAGUGUCUCGGGAUCAGAACCUGCCAAAACGGCUGAAAUACGUACGACUCAAACAGCCAUCCACGAGAACGGAAUUCGGCUGGAUUUGACCGUGACCGACACACCCGGCUACGGCGAUCGCAUCGACAACACGAAUUGUUGGGAGCCGGCUUUGGAAUACAUCAACGAACAGUACGAAAAGUACUUGAUCGAGGAGCAAGGUGCCGAGAGAACACGCUGGAUUCACGACACCAGAGUGCAUUGCUGUCUAUACUUCAUACCACCUACCGGGCACGGAUUACGCCCGUUGGACUUAGAAGUGCUUCAGAGACUACACAAUGUGGUCAACAUAAUUCCAGUCAUUGCCAAAGCGGAUACCCUAACUUUGGACGAGAGGCAAGAGUUUAAAAAGAACAUUCAACAAGAUUUGGCUCGUCAUAGGAUCGGCGUUUAUCCUUUGGCCAAAUACGACCAUCCAGAUGAUUACGGAGUCAAUGAGUCGUACAGAAAAAUGGUUCCGUUUGCCGUUGUUGGUAGUGAACAAAUUCAUAAUGUCAGUGGUCGAAUGGUACUAGGACGCCAAAAUGGCUGGGGUCUUGUUCAGGUGGAAGACCCGAGUCAUUGUGAAUUUCACCAUUUGCGAAAUCUUCUCAUCAGGAAUCGCAUGCAAGAUUUGAUUGAAUUAACAUCCGCCAUCCAUUACGAGGCCUUCCGUCGGCGCCGUCUCAUGGAGACAAACGGCAUGAUUGAUAUGUGUUCCCUCAACGAGAGUCACAUUUGAUGCACCCAAUUUAACAAACAAAAUAAUUUCUACUUCUUUUUUAUUUCCCCAUAGUGUGUUUGUUGGCUGUGACUCCUUUUUUUGACCAGUAUAAAAAUACGACGCUUUGAAUGAA